UUUUUCCAGUUUAAAUAUGGACUCAUAUUUAGGGAGUUGCUUUUAGGUGAGAUACAUUGUUUUAAUGAUUGCAGAUACAUUUUUGGGCUACUAUUUCUUUAAAUAUGAUCAGGAUACAUAGUAAGAUAACUAGAUGUAAGAUCGGUAAAUUAUAAGCAGUAACACGUCACCAUAAUAUUUAGGUUUAUAAACACCUCCCUGCACAUUAGCUGGCAAACCGCCACACAACUUUUUGCAGAGUCACGGGACAGACGCGCUCCUCCUCCUCUUCCUCCUCCUCCUCCACGGCCCCGGGACUGUGCGCUGCAGGUCGGUUCAUCUCUUCAUCUCCAUCGUCAGCCCGGACUGAGAGAUGUCUGUGAGAGAUGAGCUGGGAGCAUUGGGUGGAUGUCAGAGCAGCCCCGACAUGAUCCACGUUGCCGUUCAAAGUGUCAGUGAGAGCAGAGACUUCACGGUACCAUGCGACUGCACCGUCAGACAGCUGAAGCAGGAUCUCUCAGAUCGUGCGGGGGCCUCAGCAGAGCAGCUCCUGCUGAUCCACUCAGGCCGAGUCCUCAAAGAGUCUCAGAUCCUGAGUCACCUUAAAGGGAAGAGUGAUUCUGUCAGCCUCUGCAUGAUCCGAAGGCCUCAGUGUUCCUCUGCUGCCGCUGACCUGUCCUCGGAGACGAUCCACCAAGAGCUCACAGACGUUCUCGACCCUGGUCAUGACAACCUGACGCCAUCUCCCACCUCUCCCCUCUGCCUGGUGGACAGUCUUGGCCUGGCGACAGGCGAGUCAGGCUUCUUCCCUGCACUCCAGCACCAGAUGGAGAAGCAGCUGUUGGAUAACCCAGAGAUGAUGCGCUGUGUCCUGGGCAGCCCUUUGGUGCAGAGUAUACUCUCUACUUCCAGCCCCCAGAUAACCAGACAGCUCAUUCUGUCCAAUCCUCAAAUCCAGAAGCUCCUAGAGACAAAUCCAGAGGUUGGAGACAUGCUCAACAACACUGACAUCAUCACAGAGGUGCUGGAGCUCGUCCGAAACCCUGACAAGAUAGAGGAAGUGAUGUGUAAUGAAGACAGCGCAAUAGACGAGUUGAAACCCGAGCGAGACAACCCUGAACCCAUCAAUGGGGACUCUGAUGGCCUCCAGAAGACUGAAGCAAAAAUACAGGAACAUGAUCUCAAUCUAUCACAGACAGGAGGACCCCAAGGGGUGACUAUCUCAUCUGGGAAACAACAGGCCCCCAAAGGAGAAAGAAACCAGAGGCCGCCGUUCUCCAGUCACUCCACAGAUCCUCUCAGAAAACUGACUGCCACACCCACAGCUGACCCAAACCCGCAGAGCACUGUCACUGCAGGCAUGCAGUCCCUGCUGGAGGAGAUCACGGCCAGUCCUGGCCUGAUGGAGAGUCUUCUCUCUGGGCCGUACGUCAGCAGCCUUCUGAACUGCCUCAGCCAAAACCAGGAUCUGGCUGCACAGAUGCUGCUGAGCCACCCAUUGUUCUCAGGGAAUCCUGAGCUGCAGCAGCAGAUGAGACAGCAGCUCCCUCUAUUCCUGCAACAGAUGCAGAGUCCGGAGCUGCUGUCGGCCAUGUUGAACCCCAGAGCCAUGGAGGCUCUGCUACAGAUCCAGCAGGGACUACAAACUCUGGCUGAAGAAGCUCCCGCCCUCAUACCUGUGGCUGGACUGGGAAACACUGGAGCCAGUGCUGAUGUUGCCCCUGAGCUCGAGUCCAACUCUUUCCUGAACAGCCACUCAGGAAAUCGUCCUCAGGUUGCCACGGUGACAGAGCAGCAGCAGCAGUUUGUGCAACAGAUGCUGCAGGCGCUGGCUGAUAAUGGGGUCCAUCGUGAGGAGGCGGAGCUCCAAGAGGAGCUGGAUCACCUGAGCUCGAUGGGCUUCAGAGACAAGCAGGCGAACCUUCAGGCCCUCAUCAGCACAGGAGGAGACCUCAGCACGGCCAUACAACAUCUGCUCGGCCUCUGACACGCACUCAAACACACAUGCACGCACAUUGAUCUUUGUGGACCACACUGUGGAUUCAGGGUAUACACAUGUUCUGACAUUUGCAUAUAAGCACUAAAACAUAAUGAUACACCUACAGGUAACAACAUUUAAAAAACUGCUUUGCGAAAGGUAAACAGGAAAGCCAUGAUUAUAUUCCUGUAAUGCCAUAGUUUUAUUCAUUCGUAAAUUUCCAUACUAACCUGUCUGCUGUAGUAAACUGCUGAAUUGUCAGUCCUGGUAUAAAAGUCACACUGCUCUACUAUUAACAGUCUAGGAUGGGGGGUGCAGUUCACUGACCAGAUGGAAAAGCCCCAUGUGACAAUUUUGUGCUUUUGGGCUAUAUACAUGUAUAUAAAAUACAUAAAAAACAAAUAAAAACAGGCUUUAUUUAGUUGUUAUAAGACUUAAAAUGUUUGUCCUUCCAGACUCAACACUUUAGGUUUAUAUAGAAGUGAAACAAGGAUACAAUCACUUUAAUCCGGUCAGUGACGUGCACUGGUGCAGAUCAGUACAGCUACUUAAAUCCUCACCUACUUGAGUCUUGUAGCAGUUGCAUUAAUAUUCAGAGGUAGUUCAUGUAAUAUUAAUCUCUGUGUAGACACAGUGUGACGUUCCAGCCUCUUUUCAUCUUGCCACCUGGACAGAGUCUAAUGAAAACUUUUAACACCCAGAGGACGUCCGAUGUCCUGGACGCUGGCGGAGGAUUCACUCUCACAGUCUCGGUCAACAGACGGAACAAGGAGCAUCGUCUGUUGUUGCUGCUUUUCUUCUUGUCUAUCUUGUUCACCACAGGCUGUACAGUGGCCACUUGCAGCAGAUGAUUCAUCAAGUUUGUCUCCAAAGGCAAAAGCUUGAAAGAUGUGUUCAAAAUGGAAAGCUUAACUCUAUGCUCGAAUGUCAAUGUAUAUCUUGACGCGGUACAGACACAGAAACUCAGAUUUGCUCAGCUAAUCCUCUCAACACUCUCUCAGGAGAAAACGAGGCAAGAAAAAUGGUUUCCUUUGCUUAGGUGAGUCAUUUCUUAAAAAACGCUCUUUGCCUAACAUCUUUCAAGACAGUGACCAGUAUCAAUGUUUGGUGUCUUAAUGUUCUUUUCCUAAACUUAGCUGAAAUUCACCUUAUUACAGUAGUGUGUCAUAUGGACUGGGUUUAUUUGGGGUUCCUUUUCAUAAAUUUUACAACUGAGCAGCAUACUCACCCCUCAUCUGUGGAUGUGAUACACAAUCAGUAAAAAGUGUUGAAUGUGCCCUUACUUCGUUGUCUUUUUGAACUUCCCUGUCUGAAUCUGUCAACGCAAUCAUUUUCUCUAACAAUGUAAAUAUGCAGUUUGAUGAGUUUUAUUAAUCAGCGCCCCAUGUGGCUAUAACUCGACUUUUAAUCUAACAGCCAGCUGAUGAUCCACUUCCAUUCAUAUAAAACAGACACAAUGAAGAAAUCCUCAUUUAAAAACCUAUAAUGUUGUAUCCAGAGUUGGUGUAAAGGUCAACAGCGUCACCCGACAGUCUUACUAAAGACAAUGGAGUCGAAAACCAACACGUCUGCCAUCUUGACUGAUAAAAACGCAGUCAUUUAUAAAACACUGAUAAAUUAUGACUAGUGUAAUAUCAAUUAUUUUAUGCCCUUCAAUGAAAACCCCUCAAAUCAGACACUUAUGUAUUUUACAAUGAUUUACUAUUCAAGCCUGAACAUUAUUUCUAUAAGCACCAGGGGGCACUGGACUUCAGUAAUAGUUGUUCUGAUUUGUAUGGUUGGAAUUAUGAAGCUACAAAACAUAAUCGUUCUAAUCUGAAACAAAUCUCAUCUAUGGCUGUGUAAAGGGUGCAGUUUAUAAUUACUUAAAUUAACUUUACAUACUUGUGAUGUUAAAACUAACAUCACAAGUAUUAACUCAUAUUCACUGGUGAUAUUAUAAUAAUAAAAAAAAGAUGCGU